GCAACAAAACAAAGGAUCGGUGUUCAUUUCAGACCACUAAUGUUUUUCAAAAGUGUUUCAUUAAAAACGGCACGAUGACAACAACAGGAAACAAAUAGAAUCCACUGUUGUUGGCGUUGCUGCACUUGUGAGGAGUUAAAAUAGGUGUUUUUGGGCUGCGAUACAUUUCUGUUUACCACCAUUGUGUUGCCUAGCAACGUAUGGACAUGGCAACGGCGUCGAGCUCGAAAACAAGCUGUUAGUGAAUCUCUCUUAAAUUCUGUCAUCACCAAAGAUCAAAGUCGGUGUGGAUGGAUGGUUGAAUGACUCAACUUUAUUGAAAAACAGGGACAGGGAAAAGGAACAAAUGGGUGGAAGAACAUUUUGAAGGAGGAUUUGGAACGAAAGGAAGGAGAAGAAGAAGAAGAGGAGGCAAAGGAAAGAGAAGAGUCCAGAAGGAGGGCAGUAAUGCAACUGCUGUAAAAGACUCAACAAACAAUUCAACAAAACAUAACAUUUUCCUUAGAAACUGAUUGUUUAUAUGUCAUAAAAUGACACUGAGGUAUGUGUCCGGCGGAGAAGAAGAGGCGAAGGAGAGGAGUAGUGCUACAUUAUGGAUGUCUGCUGCCUUGAAUCAUCAAGAACAACAACAAUCACUUGUCAAGACGGCCAUCGCGUUGCUUGAUAAGUUCAACACUGGCAAACAGGGUUUGGAUGACUUCAUUAAAAAUGCCUCAGAAGACCUGCAGAACGAGGAUGCUCAGGAUAAGACGUUCAUACUCGAUCUAAUCGUCGGAUGUACCGAGUACAAAAAGGUACUGGACGCCGUUGUCGACGUCUUCUACAGCCAGAAUUUCACAUGGAUAAACAGACGUGAUCGCAGCCAGUUUGUGGUGAUCUGUUACCUCACCACGUUUGUCCUGAACGACAUUGGAUAUCAGCGCUUUAGCGACAUCAUCAAAUCUCUGGACGCCAGGAAGAUGUACACGUUCCUGCAUUUCUUCUCCACAAACCUCACCACGUGGAUCCAAGAGGAGUGGAAUAAAAUCUACGACGCCAGCUACGUGGAGAAACACUGGAUUGGUCCUCUGCUGAAAUGGCACCCGGAUAUUGAAAUUCUCGUGGACCACCUCGCGGUCCGAAUGUCUUGUAUGAGUCAGGCCAAAAAACCUCCAGUCAAAAUCACCAAGCCCCAGGAGUUCUCCCUCACCAAACCAAAACCACGACCUCUACCGAUGCCCGAACUCAUCCCACUGCAGGAAAAGAGCAAACCGGUUCCACAGAGCACAUACCAGGCCCCAAAGGAGGCGAGAGUCAUAGAGGAGAUGAAACUAAAGAACCAUCAAAGAACUGAGGAGCUGAUGCACGAGGCGAACAUGAAACUGUUCAGAGUCGGAAACCCACAGAAGUCUGAACGCACCGUGCAAGUGAUGUCGCAGAUUCAGGAGGAGUUGAAUUCAAAGUACAAGUUCAAAUUCUACUCCUCGGGACCUCCUCCCAGUACUAAGAUCAGCAGUUGUCCUGUCAAGCUCAACAGUGCGGCUGCACUGAGGCAGGAGGCGCUACGAAACCGUCUGAGGGAGAAGGAACUGCAGAGAUUGGAGCAUUUGGCCAAAGGGGCCCUCGAGGCCUCGACUUUCUACCAGUGGCAGAAGGAGAUGCGUGAGAAGGACCUUCAGGAGGAGCUGGAGAGGAUCGAGUGCAGGCGCCUGGAGGGACACAUCAGCUAUGACGCGGCGGUCCGUGCCCGCGCGCUCGUCAUGGAGCGCAACCAGAAGUCUGCUCAGCUGAAGAAAGAAGAGACAGCCGAGCUGAUGAGGAGAUAUGCGGACAAGAGGCUGCAGGAGGAAAAGGAAAUUAGAGACUUAGUGCAACAAGUGGCAGAGGGGCACAAGAACUCAAAAGCAGCCAAAGAGAAGAUACAGAAAUUCAAACAAAGUAUAGUGAAAGAAGUCUCGGGGCAAACUCAAGAGCUCCUUCAACAAGCACUGGAGGACGCACAGGCCGAGAUGAGCAGAAGAUUUGAAAUCAUCCGCGAAAUCCGCAUCAUGGAGUCGAUGCCUCACAUUAGAAUAAACUAUUUUGAUGAAACUGAGACUGCAGGACAUCAGCUGCUGGCAGAGAUGUCCAUGGCUGAGCUGAAGGAGCGACUCUCCCGCCUGAAGGUGAUCCAGCAAGCGGAGGUGCAUGAGAAACGGAGGCAAAUUCUGGAGGUGAAGGAGACCAAGAAGCGGCUGCAUUUGGAGCGCAUGGAGAACAACGACCUCUACUGGAAAGCGAUGGCACAAGCUGCCGUCGUCAGGAGGGAGGAGGAGAAAGCCAUGAAAAGCAGACAUAAGCAGUACACCAUGCCAAGUGACAAGAUCUUGGCCCUCAGGAAGCAGCACGAGGAGUUACGGCAGGAGCGGCACCGACUGAAAGAGAUCGACCGAAGCAAAGCCACAAACGUUCGACACGCCACAAAAAGCACUCCUGUACAAGAGGCAAACACAAAGAAAAGCUGGAAGGAGCUGCAGCUGAGUCUAGAGCGUCACAUCCAGGAGGCUUCUUAGAAAACAGGAUGCUCCAGAACAAGUGUGCUGGAAAGUGUUGGACAUGGCUG